AUGCGUCUAUAUUGCGCGUUCACCCUGUGCACAUCUGUCCUAGGAGUCUUCGGACAGGCUCGUGCCGAACCCGCAAACCGGAACGCCACCCAAGCGCUCCUCGACAAUGGUGUAGCAAGCUCUAUAAUCUCAUCGUUAACGGAACAAUUGAACAAGAAAUCACCCUCCACAUGCUCAGUCGCUUGCAAUACACUCAAAGCAGUAUUCGGUAGCGACGACGUUCUCCUCCAGGAUGAAGCUCAGUACAAAUAUCUCUCAUCUGCAUAUUGGUCACAGCAACAAGCCUUGGUGACACCUAUCUGUAUCUUUACUCCAUCCAAAGCUAUUGACGUUUCCACACUAGUGCUCAUUUCGCAACUUUCACAGUGUCCAUUCGCGGUUAAGAGCGGUGGACAUGCUGCUUUUAGCGGAGCUUCGAAUAUCGAAGACGGCAUCACUGUUGUGCUUGAGAAGAUGAAAAAUAUUGAGCUAUCAAAGGAUAAAAAGACAGCUGCAAUUGGUCCUGGCAAUAUUUGGUAUGAUGUGUACACCACACUCGAGUCUCAUAAUUUGGCUGUAAUCGGUGGACGCGUGGCUGCUAUUGGAGUUGGGGGCUUGACACUUGGAGGUGGUAUUUCAUUCUUCUCCAAUAUUCAUGGCUGGGCCUGUGACAGCGUUGUGUCCUUCGAGGUAGUCACAGCUUCAGGCGUUGUGCUAGAUGUCAGUGCUGCGAAGCAUUCGGACCUAUUCUGGGCCCUCCGUGGCGGAGGAAACAACUUCGGCAUCGUCACCAAAUUCACACUGAAGACGUUUCCCCAGGGCCAAAUGUGGGGUGGGGGAAAACAAAUACUCGAGCCUGGAUUUCCUGCUGUCAUCAAAGCCUUCUACAAUCUGGGGAUGAAUGCUGCUAGCGAUCCGAACGCUGGCCAAAUUCUCUCCUUUGCCUAUGUCCAAAACACCCGAAUCGCAAGUGCUGACUUGCAGUAUGCGAACCCCAUAGCGAACGCUGCAAUCCUGGCCGAAUAUAUGGCAAUUCCCUCUAUCGGUGACACUACGAAGGUCCGCUCGCUGGCCGACCUGACCGUGCAGUUCAAUUCAUCCAACCCGAGUGGUCUUCGAGAGACGUAUUGGGCCGCAACAUUCAAGCUUGAUGAGGACAUGACUACCUUUAUCAAAGAUAUCUUCUUCGAAGAAAUCUCUCUGAUUGCAGAUGCAUCAGCACUCAUUCCUGCAGCCACUCUUCAAGUAAUCACCACACCGCAGUUAGAGAAUAUGGAACGCAAUGGGGGCAAUGCUUUAGGUCUCAGCGCGAAGUCAGGGCCCUUCAUCCUCCUGAAUCUGAACAAUAUGUGGGCUGAAGCCGGGGAUGACGCCAGAGUUUUGAAGGCAAAUGCCAACAUCAUCCAGCGCACCGUUGCGGAGGCAAAGCGAAGGAACCUACACCAUGAAUACAUCUACAUGAACUACGCCAGCCAGUUCCAGGCCGUCAUCCCCAGUUAUGGCGCCGAGAACCAACGGAAACUAAAAGCUAUCGCCCGCAAAUACGAUCCUACGGAGGUGUUUCAACGUUGGCAGCCUGGCUACUUCAAGCUAGAUGGGUCACCUAGUAUACUGUCAUGAUAUGAAAAUGUGG